AUGGCCCCCAAACGCCAGUCUUCACUUACACCCCAAGCAAAGAAACUGAAGAAAGCGAGGCUGACUCCUGCCUCCAGGACAGGCAAGGCCUUUGCUUCUUCAAACUUGCCAAAGGAAGAAAAAGAACAGCAAGAAGCAAUUGUAUAUAUUGAUGAAAUAGAUAUUAGAUCAGGUUACAGAAGAGAUUUUUAUUUUGAUGAAAACCCUUACUUCGAAAAUAAAAUUCUCUUCAAAGAAUUUCAUCUGAAUGAGAGUGGUGAACCAUCUUCAAAGUCCACUGAAAUCAGAUGGAAAUCUGGAAAGGAUUUGAUGAAGCGAUCAAGUCAAACACAGAAUAAAGUGAGCAGGAAUAGACAGCAUGAGGAACCAGAAAGCUUCUUCACCUGGUUUACUGAUUAUUCUGAUGCAGGUGCAGAUGAGUUAGGAGAGGUCAUCAGAGAUGAUAUUUGGCCAAAUCCACUACAAUACUACUUGGUUCCUGACAUGGAUGAUGAGGAAGUGGAAAGAGAAGAUGGCAACGAUGAUGAAGAGGAAGAAGGUUUGGAAGAUAUUGAUGAAGAAGGGGAUAAGGAUGAAGGUGAAGAAGAUAAGAUGAUGAUGAGGGGGUGGAAAGAGAGGAAGAAGAAGGAGAAGAUGACUAA